AUGACAUCGCUGGAAGCACCUUCCAGCACCAGUCGCGAUGUGCCUGCGUGGCUCUGGGCCUCAGGAAUCCCGCCAGCUGCUCCUGCCGCCCCCAGUGGCGGCGCUGGUACUUCGCCCGCCUUGUAUUGGGACAUGGGACUCUCUUUGCACGAACGCCCGAUCCACAGUCAAUCUCCCUCGCGCUGCAUGAUGUAUCGAAAUGACUCCGGUGCUGAGCACGGUAUGUUUCCACCACAUUCUCUCAUACCACCGCCUGUACCAGCGGGAACUAGUGCCGCCGGCACUGGCAAUACCACAGGAGCAGGUACAGCGGCUAGUGCGACGACGCCUGAAUCCACGCAUGCACAUCUACCGCCGCCCCAUGCGAUGUACCCGCCAUCAACUGCUUUUCAUGUCCCGAUGCAUCCCGAGCCAGCGCCCGGUUACUCUUCUGUGCUGUCCUUUGGCCCUGGUAGCACGUACCCGUUCUUUGAUGCCCAAGGCUUCCCGAUGCUCAUGCAUGUGCCGCCUGGCAUGGCGCCGUCGUAUCCUAUGGCGCAGCAACAGGAACAUAUUCCCUCGUUGAUCGAGUCGUCGCGCGCCGACUCUUUCUCAGACACAUGGAGCACCCUGUCGUCCGUCACGUCAGAUGCACCGUCAUCUAUGCAUCCUCAGGCGCAAAGUACCACAACAAGCAUGGAUGAUCUUUUGGCGCUCUCUCGCCAAGCGCAAAAUGACGGCGAAGGCGGGCAGAAUCCCAACAUAUUCGUGUGCCCACACUGUGAGAAACGAUACACAGGCAAACAUGCACGCAGUAUUUGGCGCAGGCAUCUCCAGGACAAACAUGCGAUCCCGCUAAGUGUGCAGCCACGUCGCACUCGUUGGGACCGUGAUAUGAACCGGCCUCGCAACGCUGCUGAGCGUCGGGAACGCAUGCUCGAGAGUAAGCGCCGCUGGGCCCGGAAAAAACGUGAACAGGAACGGCGCGUAGCUGCAGCGAAUCGCGGGGCGUCUGUCGCCACCGACACUGCCACGCCGACGCCCAGCGAUCCCGACGUCGAUCAAUUCGAUGCACUCUCGAAAGAAAUGGCUAGCACUAUGCACAGUGUGACCAAGCCAUCCCUUCCGCCUUCUUCUUCAAGCAUGCACAUGCCAAUACACCUUCCACCGCCAGCACCACCACCAGCAUCAGCAUCAGCAUCAUCAGCAGCGCCAGCAGUGACCUCUUCGUCGUCGAGUGCGCCAAAUCGAACGGCCCUCGCUCCUCGAGAUAUCAACAUCCCCUCGAGUCAGAACUGGCGUACAGACGCAGGUGCGGGCAUCGUCAAGUCUCCUGGCUUCCUCGAUAGCAAGCUUUUCAUGCCCUCACCGCUGCAGUCAACACCACUGCGCAGUGCAUUAUCGAAUCCACCCUCGUUGUACGGUACAAUGCACAGCCCCUCUGACUCUCGGACCGCGCCAGAUUCGGCGCGUCGGUUCUUACCCUUCCCGCAUCCUCCGUCGUCGUUGACAAAGCGCACACCCUCUGAGCGUUCCAAGUUCGCCGCAUUCACACGCAUCGAGCCGUCACCACGCAAACUCGGCCUCGGUGGUCAGGCUUCGCGUGCAGAUGCACCGGCGAGUCCGUCUGUGCGAUCCGUUCGUGCAUCGCGCGGCGAUCAGUUCUCAAGUCCACAGCACCUGAACCUUACGCAGAGUCUGGGUCUUGCACCACAUUCUGCUACGAAGGGAGGUGGCACAGGAUUCACACCCUCAUUCUCAUCGAACGUCCAUAUGACACCCUUGGGCGCAGGUGGCGGCACGCCAUUCAGUCGCAUGCCUUUGGGCCUUACACCGAGCAUUCAUGGUUUCUUGCGCGGAACAGGUGGUGGGUUAGGUGGCUUGAGUGCAUCCGCGACAGGCAGUGGUGGUGGCGACAUGUCGGGUAGUGGUUUGUUGGGCGGCGGCGAUUUCAGUGGAUACAUGAUGGGUCUUACAACCUUGGACUCACCCCACAUCCUGCGGAGCGCAAGCCGUCCUUCUCCACUGCGUACAGGUGUGUCGUUCCACUCGAGUUCCGAGCGCGACGAGGAUGAUGACCUUGACCAUGAAGGUGAAAUGCGCAUCAUAUCGCCAUCGCUUCGUCAGCGCGUCCGUGGAAAUGCUAAGGCGUCACCACUUGGUCAAGAUACACCCUCCAAAGUGGGUUCGCCGCUACGUGGUCCUGGAAGCUUUUCGUUUGGUUUGCGUCGUACUCCGCACCGUGCGCCCAAGCUCCGGUAA